AUUUUAUGGCACGUUGGGAAUUGCAGUCUUCCGUGUUGCGGCCGGAGUACAGAAUUCUCUCUGUUGCGUUUUAAACCGUGGCUGGUGACGUUGCUAGUAGUUGUGUAUCGGUCAGUCAGCGACCCGGAGUGUGAUAUUUUCAUUUCUUUGCUUGGAUUGUUGUGUGUUUUUUUUUACUCGGAUUUGAUAUCAUUGCUUACUGGACGAGUUGCUACCGGUCUUUUGCUUUUUUGUGUUACAAUUUAUAUAAAUAAAAACUAUGUACGUUGUUUGGGCACACAUUUGAUUUUGGGGUCACGACAUGAACAAGGAACUUGCCACUUCCAAACUAGCAGCAACACUGACUUGAGCUAUGGUAUGCCUUUCUUCUUUGUUUUGCCCUGGAACAGCUCUGGAACACUAGUAAUACUGACUUGAGCUGUGGCGGAUGACUAAAAGUUUCCGACUUGUUUAUGGGAAGAUGAUAGUAGACAUAUAUAGAUGGGUAAUGAAAUGGAAUACUGGAGGACUCCAUAACUAAGCAUGCACAAAACUGGGAAGGCUUCAGUUUACCAGUAUACUUCAUGGUCACCAUGUCUGCCAUGCUGUCAAAUAGCUGCUAGUGUAUUUGAAGAUAUGCCUUUAUGCAAUGGCAUCGAGCCACCGUUUGUUGACAGUGCCUCACACGAACACCAGUGAUGACUUCUUCAAGAAGGAAAUGGAGUCUGGAAAACACUUAAGACUUUUGCGUUCAUUACCAGAUGUAUGUCCUAAGGAACCCACAGGUGAUUCUAGCACUUUAUGUGAUAGCCCCUCCGUAAUUGCAGAUCAGCACAGGUGGACUAUUUAUCACUCCCAAGUAAAUCUUCCAGCUGCACUAAAUGAUCCAAGGUUAGCAAAAAGGGAAUCGGACUUCUUCACAAAGACAUGGGGCUUGGACUUCGUAGAUUCAGAGGUUAUGCCUUCAUUCUACCUCCCUCAAAUUGUUAAGGAACACUUCGCACCGUACUUGCAAGAGACCAGUCAGAGAGAGAAGAUACAUGAAAAAUCCAAAAAUGUAUGCCCUCCAAAGGACAACUUUGAUAGAACUCUUCUGUCCCUUACGCCCUCCAAUGAUAAAUCCAGGACAGAUGUGGAACAACUACCCAAGAUUUUUACAAAACCUGAUUUUGCUUUGGAAGACCCAUUAACAUUCAAUGCAGUAUUACCUUGGUCUCAUUUUAGUGUUGCCGGAGGUAAAGGGAACCGAGAUGUGGCUUCAUCAAGGCUGCUGCAAGAAAAGCUGAGCCAUUAUCUGGAUAUCGUAGAAGUUAAUAUAGCUCAUCAAAUUUCUUUACGUUCAGAAGCAUUUUUUCACGCAAUGACCUCUCAGCAUGAACUGCAAGACUACCUCAAGAAAACUUCACAGGCUGUAAAGAUGCUCCGAGACAAGAUUUCUCAGAUUGAUAAAGUCAUGUGUGAAGGAUCACUAAGCAUUUUAAGACUAGCACUUGCUAGAAACAACUGUGUAAAAGUGUAUAAUAAAUUAAAGCUAAUGGCAACAGUUCAUCAGACUCAGCCUACAGUGCAGUUAUUGUUAUCCACCUCUGAGUUUGUUGGGGCUCUGGACCUAAUUGCUACAACUCAAGAAGUUUUACAGCAGGAACUUCAGGGGAUUCACAGUUUCAGGCAUCUUGGAUCACAGCUUUGUGAAAUGGAGAAGUUAAUAGAUAAAAUGAUGAUAGCAGAAUUUUCUACAUAUGCCCACAGUGACUUAAGUAGACCUUUAGAGGAAGACUAUCAUGUUCUGGAAGAGGAAAGAUUGAUCUCUCUGGUGUUUGGACUUCUAAAACAAAGAAAACUUCACUUUUUGGAGCUGUACAAUGAAGAGAUGAUUGCUGUUACAAAGAAUAUAAUUAAACAGUGUGUUGUAAAUACAGUAUCACAGAUGGAAGAAAUAGACACUGAAGCUGUGGUCAAACUUGCUGAUCAGAUGAGAAUGAUGACCUUCAGCCAGUGGUCUGAAUUGUUGAAGGACAUCUUUGUCAAAUUUGGCAUCUUCAUUAAAAGGGUCAAGGCAACAGUCAGUGUUAUUCGUAGUGUUGUUUUAUUAGUCUUGGACAAGUCACAGAAAACCAGAGACUUUGAAGGGGCAUCUAUCCCAAAAAUCUCUAGCAGAAGUCAGAUUAAUGAAGGAGAUGUGACUUACUUAACUCAUGAAGGCAUGUUUAUAAGUGAUGCGUUCUGUGAGAGAGAGACAUCAGCUACAGACCUAAGCACUGAACCAUGUAGCAGUGAUUCUGUAUCGGAACCAGAGUGUACCACAGACUCUUCUUCUAGUAAAGAGCAGACCUCGUCAUCAGUUACACCUGGAGGUAUAGAGAUAACGAUCAACGAGGAUAUGAAACUGACAGAUUUGGAACUAGGUAAAGUUGCAAACAGCAUCCAAGAACUGCUCUAUACUGCUUCUGAUGUCUGCCAUGAUCGUUGUGUCAAGUUCCUCUUGGCUAGAGCGAAGGAUGGUUUUCUGGAGAAGUUAAGUUCCUCGGAGUUUUUGGCUUUGUCUCGGGCAGUGGAAGAGUUUGUUCAGGUAACAGAACAAGUGUGUGGCCGAAGAAGCACAUCACUUAGAGGAGCCCUCCAGAGUCAAGCCAACAGAUUUGUACAUAGGUUCCAUGAAGAGAGGAAAACCAAACUGAGUUUGCUUUUAGAUAAUGAGCGAUGGAAGCAAGCUGAUGUUCCUGCUGAGUUUCAGGACCUUGUUGAUUCCAUAAGUGAUGGAAAGAUUGUAUUGCACGAGAAAAAAAUAGUCACAGCUACAGAAGAUAGAAAACCUGCAGACUGCCUGAUUGUCGAUGGCCAGACAUAUGCUGUAGUGGGGACUGUCCUGAUGCUAAUAAAAAUUAUCUUGGAAUACUGCCAGUGUGUGGAUGAUAUCCCUUCUAUAACCACUGACAUGCUUACUCGUUUGUCAGACUUAUUAAAGUACUUCAAUUCAAAGAGUUGUCAACUGGUUCUUGGAGCAGGAGCAUUACAAGUUGUUGGCUUGAAAACGAUAACUACAAAAAACCUUGCCUUAGCUUCCCGGUGUUUGCAACUGAUUGUACACUACAUUCCUAUCUUGAGGGCACACUUUGAGUCACGACUUCAACCUAAGCAGUAUAGUAUGCUAAGACAUUUUGAUCACAUCACAAAGGAUUAUAAUGAUCAUAUAGCCGAAAUCUCUGCAAAGCUUGUAGCAAUAAUGGAUGGCUUAUUUGACAAAGUACUAUCGAAGUAUGAAGUUAAAGCUCCAGUUCCAUCAACAUGUUUCAGGAAUUGUUGUAAACAGAUGGCUAAAAUGCAUGAUGCUAUAUACGAUCUUCUUCCUGAAGAACAGACACAGAUGUUGUUCUUAAGAAUAAAUGCAAGCUUUAAACUUCACUUGAAGAAACAGCUAGCUAGACUGAAUGUAGUCAAUGAUGGCGGACCACAAUAUGGUUUGGUGUCAUCAGAUGUAGCAUUUUACAUUGGAAAUACCCAAGGCCUGAAAGGGCUUGAAACUCUGGAUUUAAACAUGGCAGAAAUCUGGGAGCAGAAGAGGUGAUAAACAACGUGAAAGGUUAACAAUGUACUGCUUUCUGCACUGCAGGUCAUCAUGUUUUCGAUGUCCUUAAUAUCCAGAAACAAUUCUGAGACACAGUUUAUAACUAGUUGAAAUUAUUUAUGGAGGUAGAAUCCACUGUGACCUGCUGAGAAUAUCUCAACAUCCCUAUGGUUGAUUCAGGUAGUCAGCUAUCAACAAUAUUCUUCAUGCUUUUGGAACAGACUCAGGCUUCUUUGUAGAAAAUCCAAAAGGGGAUAUAGCUGUAACACAGCUGUUUUUGAUUGGAACUCUUUUCUCUCUUUCUUAAAAAGAUGUUUUGCAUCUGACUGGCAGUUAAUUAUUUGCUAUGAAUAAAUGCAGCAGUAUUCCUUUUUAAUUACUAGAUUGGCACAGUUUUGAAUCAGAGUCAUCCGAAUGCACUGUCUACAUAAUUCCUUUGCCUUCUGUCGAAGAAAAUACACCGAUAAUCUAAUUGUUUUUGUAGCUAUUUCUAUGAACUAAUGGGACUAUUGACUAUCUGUGCAAUGUACUUCAUGUACUGUAUAGAUGUUAUGUAGCCCUUGGGGAGAAUGUUUCAGAACCCUUUUAAAUACUGUAUUUAUCAUAUUGUAUAUAAAAUGUUUAAAAGUUCUAUCUGGUAUAUUUUGUAUAAUUCUUAAGACUGUACAUUUUUUUGCAGAUAAAUGUCUUUACCAAGUAUGGUAUUAUUCUUAUUUUUUUGUGUUGCUUUUGUAAAUGAACAUUUGUUUUAAAUUGAAGAAGUUUUACUAUGUAUGUACAUUUUUGGCUUGUUACCAUCUGGCUUCCCAUGUUCUGUCUUCACUUUCCAUCACUGGUAUGUUGUUUAAGUUUUAUUUUUUUAUCUUUAGAGUUUCAUAGCGCUGUUACAAAUACAGACACACUAUUCAGGAUGAAUACUUAUAGUCUGAUCAUUACUUAAUGUCUGUGUUUGUACCAUCAAGUAUGUGGAGCAUCAACUGUAAUGCUUCAGAUAUUGAGGGAAAAGUGCCUGUGUUGACAUUAUACUGUUUACUGCAGACAGUGGCUUGAGUUAUCCCGAGUGCCUAAUACAGUUUAUUAAUUCUAUCCUAAAAUGACAAGUAGUUCAGAAGCGUGCCGUUUUACUUGAAUUAUAUCUGACACUUUGUCUGAAAGCUGUGACUUAAUGAACCAAUAGAAUAAGUUGUAAUUUUAACAUCUUUGUAGCAUUCUUCUUAAAAUUGUCACCUAGACUUCCAUUUGUAGCAGUGUUUUUAAAUUGGCAUCUACCUUCCACCACAAUGUUAUCCAUUAAUAAUUGUUAAAUGUUUCAGUAGCAAAUAGAAUGUAUAGUAAAUUGUACAUUAAACCACAAGAGACCUGGUAAAUUAUUAAAAUACAAAUUAUUUACUUCUAGGAA